GAAACAUAACCACAGAACGUAUCCGAAUAGAAUGCAACAGUCUGAUUCUUGUAAACAAUACUAGAGUUAGGAAGUCAAGUCGAAAUAGUAUGUUUCAUUAAUGACCUUCGUCCUUAUUUCUUAGGAUUCGAUAGUGAUACGUUGUAAGAUAUAAUAAGAAGUUUAUACGAAUCGAAAAGCAGUCAUGUCAGCACGAAAUCAAGUCAUCACCCAGCAAAUCAGUAAGGAUUGGGUCAACAGAGAAUAUAUUGAGGUUAUUACAAGCAACAUCAAGAGGAUAGCAGAAUUUCUUAACAGUUUUGAUAUGUCAUGCAGGUCUAAGCUUAGUCAGCUGAAUGAAAAGCUAACGACACUUGAACGGAGAAUUGAGUAUCUUGAAGCAAGAGUUACGAAAGGUGAAACACUAAACUGAAAGAUGCUUUUUAUGUUAUUUUUUCAUUCAUGCUUUCUUUCAUGUAUAUUACCAUAUCCUUUACUCAGUGUACGUGGAAUGUUCAUUCCUUGAAGUAGCUCAUUUUUUUUUUUUUUUUUUUUUUUUUAUGACCAUAAAAGAUAAAGCUUAUGAGUGAAAUCAGGAGUCAUGAUAUAUUGUAGUAUAAUUAAUUAGUAUUUUUGGCAAAAUAAUGAAAAUUAUGAACUAUAGAGUAGUAACUUAUAUCAUAAUUCAUUCUUGUAAGCUUUUUCAUAUUUUCUAAUAAAGCACUUCAACGACUUA